AUAAUGAUUCAUUAAAUCUCAUAACCAGACAAUUUGUUGCAAUACCGAACUCGUUCAAGCAAACAUUGAACCGACUUUGAGUGCUUACCUAAUAGACACCUACCUAGCCUGACCUCCACGUGAUUUUCCGUAGCGUCUACAAGCCUGUUCUAGGUAGUAAUACAUACAUGUACUACAUUACAUACAUUCAAGCUUUCUUAUAAGAGCAUUGAACAAAGUCGAUCAAGAAUUCCACAACUCUUCCUUCUUAUUCUGCUUAUUUUGAAACUAAGCUACUCUCUACACUCAAGCCACGAACCUGCAUACUAGAUUUUAUCAAGAAUACUCAACACCAAAAUGCCUCUCGUCAUCCCAGGAAUCACCAGCAACUCAAACGACAAGACCACAGAAUGGUCGAGCAAGCUGGUGGGCAAGACAGUUUCUGACAACGACCACACUGAGACGAACUUUUGCAAGAAGGAUCUCCCCCAACAAUGCCGUGUCAUUCAGCCGGGCAUGAUGGUAACCAAAGACUUCAACCCCGACCGACUGAAUGUCCACGUCAAGGAUGACGGCACCGUGACCCAUGUCCAGCACGGUUAAGUGCCCGCAUCUCACCAUGCGUGCGUAGCUCAGCUCGAGAAGAGGUACUGUUUUCAGGCUGGAUGUUAUUGGUGCAAAAUGGAGUUCUAUCGCGUCACUAAGGCUCUCAUCCUUUGUACCUGAGUUUAUGAGUUUCGGGAACGACAACUACCUAAUAAAGCAAGUUAUUAUCUCUAUGAGUUACUUAAUGACAAUGUGAUAUCCAUUUACAACGA